AUGGCUGCGUUUGGCGGUAUUGAAGCGGGUCUUGCGUCUGUGUGUAAUAGUCCAGCCAGUGAGGAGGCGCUGUUGGUUGACGCUCGUGGCGGGAGGCAAGUGCGGACGGCGUUGACGGUGGUGGGCCCGCGCGGGCAUGCGAGUGGGUCGUAUUUUGCCGUGUUAGCGGAGGUGGCUCGCGAGAGUCUCAGCGAGCGGGAUUGCACGCACGUUCUUAAGUGUGCUUGUGUCGCUCCACGAUCAGAUCCACAUCCGACAAUUCCAGUGAUAGUAGGUUCCUACACGCUAGUAAUCCUCACGACGUUGUCGGCUCGUAACAUCAGGACGUCUGAAGUGGCAGCUAUCAAGAUUGUCAAGCUGGACCCUGGUGAUGACAUCACGUCCAUCCAGCAGGAGAUCACAAUGAUGAGGGAGUGCAAGCACAAAAACAUUGUGUCCUACUUCGGCAGCUACCACAGAAACACCAAGCUGUGGAUCUGCAUGGAGUACUGCGGAGGGGGCUCACUUCAGGAUAUGUACCACGAGGAUAUCUUCCAGAACCACAGCAACGUCGUCCACAUCGACAGCCGGGUGGCAAUCCAGCUCAGUGCGGUUUUCCAAAAAUCGGAGUCUCUUCGAUGUACGAUCCGGGCGAUCGGCAGAAAGACAACGGCCUGGAGUAACCACAUCGACACAGCAUCCUACCACCUUUUCGAAGUACGUUAUGGCUGUAACCCUACUUUCAAGAUGGCUCCAGAGGUGGCAGCAGUUGAGAAAAAGGGCGGUUACAACCACUUGUGUGAUAUCUGGGCUGUUGGUAUCACCGCCAUCGAGCUGGCUGAGCUCCAACCACCCAUGUUUGACCUCCACCCAAUGAGGGCGCUGAUGUUGAUGUCCAAGAGCAACUUCCAGCCUCCGAGACUAAAGGAUAAAUCCAAAUGGUCAGCAGCUUUUCAGAGCUUUGUGAAGAUGGCUCUCAUUAAAAACCCUCGUAAAAGGCCCUCCGCCGAGACACUACUGCAGCAUCCAUUUGUGACACAGCUUCUGACCCGUAACCUGGUCAUUGAGCUGCUGGACAUGGCCAACAACCCUGAGCUCCACAACACACACACACACAGCAUGGACGACAACGAGCUAGAGGUUGGGGAAGUGGCUCCAGACAAGAUCCAGUCAGCAGGGAAACACCUGCCUGUAGAGAGGACCCUGUCUGAGGAACAAUGUGAGAACACACCCAUACACAACUCUGUUCUAGGAAAAUUUGAAUUUGCGGAGUUGAUGUUAGCGAAAUAUUUCCUGGAUCUGGACCUAUCCUAG